AUGGAGAUCGAGCCCGCUACAACAGCCCCCGAUCCCAACAACAACCGCCUCACAUACUGUGAUACUACUGCAGGAUCUCUACCACCACAAUAUGAUUCCAAGGAGACUGGGGGGCUAUGGUCCGUAGGGGGCAGUACGACUGUCUCCCUUGCGGGUAACCCAACUACACUCUCCGACGAGGAGCCUAUUACAUGGCAGUCAAGCCUUUCUAGACAUAUGAGGUGCAACAUCGACCCCCACUACACCGAUAUCUUCCUCAUUAUGUGUGGCUUCGUUAGUGGUCUUGUGGACGGGCUGUCCUUCAAUGCAUGGGGCAGUUUCAGCAGUAUGCAAACAGGGAAUACUGUAUUUAUAGCCCUAGGCGUAUCCGGACAACCAGCUUAUCCUGCCUACCUCUGGGCCAAAUCCCUAAUCGCUGUUACCGUUUUCAUCAUGGCAAAUAUCCUCUUUAUCCAGGUAGGCCGCGCUCUGGGUUCCCGCCGUCGAUCAACCUUGAUACUAUCCUUCGCGGUGCAGACUGCUGCCAUCCUUGCGGCUGCUCUUCUGGUCCAGCUUGAUGUUGUAGACCCGAAGCCGGAAGACCCUCGAGCUCCAAUUCAGUGGAUGCAGGUCCUCCCAAUAUCCCUGUUAGCCUUUCAAGCUGGAGGCCAGAUCGUUGCGUCCAGGGUUUUGGAAUUUGACGAGCUUCCAACCGUCGUGCUUACUACCUUGCUCUGCGACUUGCUCGUGGACCCAAAUCUGGGGGCUGCUCUAAAAGCUAACCCUAAACGCAACCGACGGGUUGGGGGGUUUCUUGCUCUCUUUAUCGGUGCAAUGACAGCAGGAGGACUCUCAAAGGUGACUAAGAUGGCGGCAAGCCUCUGGUUCGCUAUGGGAAUUAAACUAAUAAUUACCGUCAGCUUCUUUAUGUGGAAAGGAGAGCGUACCAAGAAGGUCAUCAACGGAAUCGGGUCUGUAUGA